AUGAUGGAUAAGUCAGUCACAGUCACGCAAAUAGCAGAACUGAAGCAGGAGUUCCAUAAACUUUCCUCCGAGAAGCUUGCCGGAUUGCUUCGACUAGCCAGGAACUCAACCUCAGCAGCCAGUGAGCUUGCAACCGUGAUGACAACCGCUGCACCACGCGCACCUCCGACAGAAAUCGUCCAAAUACAACAAGCACCUGUGGAUCUCAGUGAAUUUCCAACUCAGACUCAGAAUUCCCGGCCAUGGACACGAGAGCCGCCCCGCGACCACCUCACCAGCAGAGCGAUAGCAGAUUCGCACAUCAUCGCAGCCCACAGCGCUUUUGCCAAGGCCAAUUCAGCCUAUCGCCGCGUCAAAUCAGAUCGCCUCAUGGGUGGUGCCGCUGGGUACUACUCCGCGGUGGGUCGUGAACAUGUGGAAAAAGCCAAAAGGGAAGCCGCAGCUGCGGCAGAGGCACUCGUAGAGUUGCAGUCCAACAGCACGUUGCUGGACCUGCACGGCGUUAGCGUACAACAUGCAGUUGACAUCGCGAAGAAGAAGGUUGAUGCCUGGUGGUAUUCACUUGGUGAUACCAAAUAUGCUCCCGGCGGCUGGGGUCCCGUGCAGCAGGGCUAUCGCAUCAUCACGGGCCUCGGUCGCCAUUCAAAGAAUGGCACUGCGAGACUGGGUCCAGCGGUUGCGCGGGCUUUGGCUAAUGAAGGAUGGAAGGUCGAGGUUGGCGAGGGAUCCUUGACGAUUACGGGAAUGGCUAAACGUCGAUGA